AUGGAGGCCGCUUUCAAGACGCAGUCUGAACUCAGGCAAAAGCUGGGACUACGCAAGGUCCUCGCCGUGCCCAACCAGAACUACAAGGCCCACGGUACCAAAUCCUAUGUCUACCUGAUCAACAAGUUCGGGUUCCAGCCCACCCAACCUGGCCCUUACCGCCAUGCCACUACAAUUCAGCAACGCGGGCUUGCUCACUCCAACGUCGCCAGGGGAGGACGUGUUCGCCGCGUGGACAAGUUUGUGAAGGCCGCCGGUGACCAGACUGGUGAGGUCACCGCCGAGGACCAGCAGAACGACUCCAUGUACCUCUGCGAGGUCGAAAUCGGAACUCCUCCCCAGAAGCUGAAGCUGGACUUUGAUACCGGAUCAUCUGACCUCUGGGUCUUCUCUACUGAGCUCCCUGCGAGCGCCCAGAAGGGGCACAACGUCUUUGACCCGUCCAAGUCGUCUACCUGGAAGGCUGCAGACGGCGAGGCCUGGAAGAUCUCCUAUGGCGACGGCAGCUCGGCAUCUGGUGACGUUGGCAACGACACCGUCACAAUUGGCGGUCUCGCCGUCGAGAACCAGGCCGUCGAGUUGGCCAAGGUUGCCGCCGAUCAGUUCACGUCGGGAACUGGCGACGGACUACUUGGUCUCGCCUGGCCUUCUAUCAACACAGUCACCAAGGACAACCAGCCUUCCCCACAGAACACUCCCGUUGCGAACAUGAUCUCGCAGGGUGACAUCCCCGCGGAGGCCCAGCUCUUCACAUCGGCCUUCUAUAGUUCCCGUGACGACCAGGCCAAGUCCUUCUACACCUUUGGCUACAUCGACCAAGACCUCGUCGGCAAGAACGAGAUCUCGUACGUCGACAUCGACAACUCCCAGGGCUUCUGGAUGUUCCCAUCGGCGAGUGCCACCGUCGCCGGCAAGAAGAUCGACCUCGCCAACAACACCGCCAUUGCUGACACCGGCACCACCCUCGCCCUCGUCUCCGACCAGGUCUGCGAGGCACUGUACAAGGCCAUUCCUGGCGCCAAGUACGACGACCAACAGCAGGGCUGGCUGUUUCCCACCUCCACCAAGGCCGAUGAUCUGCCGGACUUCAGCGUUGCCGUGGGCGACAAAGAGUUCACCAUCCAGAAAGAGGACCUGGCCUUUGCGGUCGCGUCGGAGGGGUACUGGUACGGUGGAGUCCAGUCGCGUGGUGACAACCCCUUUGACAUCCUGGGCGACACGUUCCUGAAGAGCGUCUACGCCAUCUGGGACCAAGGGCAGACCCGCUUCGGUCUCGUCCCCAAGAUCGAGAGCACUCAGAAUCUUGAGCCUCCUUCUACCAGCUCGUGA